AUGGUCACACAAGAGCGCUCCUUCUGCCCAAUCAAUGCUCCAAAGAAGAAAAGCCUCCCCUCCCACUCCAGCCGCGAGCUCGCGAGCCAGACCCCCCGGAAGCAGCCCACCGGCGCCGCCAAGCGAACCAGGAACCGGCAAAGCGGAAAGCGAAAGGUCAAGAGCUGCUCAGCCUGCCGCGGCGCGCACAUCAGAUGCGUGGCCGACUGCUACGGGGUGCCGUGCGAGCGGUGCGCCAAGAAGUCGUUGCCGAACUGCAGCCUCUUGCAUCCGCCCAACGACACACAGAGGCAGAGUGAGGGCACCGGCAAAAUAGUGGCGAAGAAGCUGACGCUGACGACGGAACCUUUGGCGCUGCGUGAGCAGAGAUUGCAGAAGAUGGCGGCGGCGGUCGAGGCCUUUCUGGCGGCGUAG